AUGGACCAAUCGGUUGUUGUGGCAAAGCACGACGAUGGCUCCUCCAUCACGGUGCACACGCAGGGCGCGCACCUGACCAGCUGGCGCAAUGCAGCUGGCGAGGAGCUUCUCUACACAAGUCCAGACGCCGUCUACAAGGAAGGGGUGCCGAUUCGGGGCGGGGUUCCCGUCAUCUUUCCGCAGUUUGGCGGUCUUGGACCGCUUCGCUCGCACGGCUUUGCGCGUAUUCGUGAGUGGAAACUGAAGGAUGUACGCAGCGGAAUGGCGUCCUUCACCCUGGAGGUGCCCGCAAGUGAUAUGCAGACGCAGAACACGGAAGUGCAACAAGGCAAGGCCAUCUCACCAUCAGGCAACGUUUCCCUGUUGUACACCAUCACAUUCAGCAAUGAGCAGCUGCAGCUUCAGAUGGAAGUCACAAGUCACGUUCUUCAGGCGAAUGUUAAUUUCACGUUCGCGUUUCACACAUAUUUUGCGGUUGAAGAUGUUACACAUACUCUGGUUAAUGGGGUCAACUUGACUCCAUUUAUCGACAACCUGUUAAAAGAACGGAGGCUGCAGGCUCCACAGCAGCUGUGGGGCUUGAAAAAAGAAGUGGAUCGCAUCUACAAGAAUCAAACCUGUGCCGUAUUGCUGGUGGAUAUGAAAAAACGUCGGACAACGCAUAUAUCGAGUGAGCACCUUCCAGAUGUCGUGGUGUGGAACCCCUGGGUGCUGAAAACGGCCAAAAUGAAGGAUCUUCCCGCGGACGGCUACAAGAAAUUUGUCUGCGUGGAGCACGGCUCCAUCACGACGAAGGUAAGCCUGCCGCCCGAAGGCGUAUGGAAGGCGUCGCAGCGCAUUCGUUUGCUUUCCGUCUCCAAGUUGUAG